AAUCUUUUAUGCAGCCUGUAUGAUCAGAUAUUCAAGCCCGGCAAGUUAGUAGCAAACGCUGAUUUCCAUUUGUUCAAGGCUGGAGUUGAACCUAAAUGGGAGGAUCCUGAGUGUGCACAUGGAGGCAAGUGGACUGUUUCUGCUAGCAGAAAGACGAAUCUUGAGGCAAUGUGGCUUGAAACUUUGAUGGCUCUAACUGGGGAGCAGUUCGAUGAAGCUGAGAUAUGUGGUGUGGUUGCUAGUGCGCGUUCAAGGGGAGACAAACUUUCACUGUGGACAAGAAAUGCUGCGAAUGAGGCUGUGCAG